GUAUUGUAAAAUAUUACAUCAAUGAAUGCGAGAUGAAAGUGUGUGUAAUGAGGGGAGAGACGGCAGCUGGGCGCCGCUUGAUAGCGGGAGCACCCCCGUAUAGGUGCAAUGUUCGGGGCGGCUGGCAGGAGAAGUGAGGGCUUUGAGCCUGGAGAGAGUCACACCGGCUACCACCGUGUCAGCUAUGAACAUGUCCCCCCCAUGCAUGACGGCCCAUAAUUUCAUUCCCUGAGACGCAUCACCUCAAGCACAAUCAUCGCUUUCGACGCACAGGAGGAAACAUGAUACUGUCCAUCCCAGCGCAUGAGGCUCUCCCACUCAGCUGUUAACAACUGAUGUUCCCACGCCGUUCGUUUUCCCAGCAAUGACCCCCCAAUGAAAAGAUCACUAUUCAGAUCUGCUGGUGAUAAUGACGAACUAAAACCGUCUUCAGACUCACCCAUAUUCUACGGACUCAAAUAAACUCUUUGUCAAAAGACUGCGAAGUUCAAAGGAGGACUUUUCACCUGUCCUGACCACGCAAAAAAGACAUUCCACCCUUUGCCUCCGUUUACUUUAUCAAAUGCCAAAAAACAGCAAGGCCGUCAAGAGAGAGCUUGACGACGAUGUCACAGAGUCGGCCAGAGACCUUCUUUCCAACGAGGACGCCUGUGACGAUUCCUUCAAGAAGAGCUCGCUGAUCGUUGGCGACCAUGACGGCGAGGGCAAGGAUUGCGACGUGGAGGAAGGCGGCUCAGACGGCGAGGAGGAGGAGCGCCCAGCCUGGAACAGCAAGCUCCAGUACAUCCUGGCCCAAGUUGGCUUCUCUGUAGGCCUUGGCAACGUCUGGAGGUUCCCCUACCUGUGCCAGAAGAACGGAGGAGGGGCGUACCUGGUGCCCUACUUAAUCCUGCUGGUGUUGAUUGGCAUCCCACUCUUCUUUCUGGAACUUGCUGUGGGACAGCGCAUCCGGCGGGGCAGCAUCGGGGUGUGGAAUUACAUUAGCCCUCGCCUAGGGGGCAUCGGCUUUGCUAGCUGCGUGGUGUGCUUUUUCGUGGCUCUCUACUACAAUGUCAUCAUCAGCUGGAGUCUCUUCUACUUCUCGCAGUCCUUCCAGCAGCCUCUGCCAUGGCACGAGUGUCCACUUGUCAAGAACAAGAACAGCACAUGUAAGAGCAAAUCAUACAAGACUCAAAAUACGGUAAAUUAUGCUUACAUUAACCACUGUCUACGAGCAGACGUGGUGCCAGAGUGCGAGAAGAGCUCGGCCACAACCUUCUAUUGGUACCGCGAGGCUCUGGACAUCUCCAACAGCAUUUCAGAGAGCGGAGGACUCAACUGGAAGAUGACUUUGUGCCUUCUGGCCGCCUGGUCCAUGGUGUGCCUGGCCAUGAUUAAGGGAAUCCAGUCCUCUGGGAAGGUGAUGUACUUCAGCUCCUUGUUCCCGUACGUGGUGUUGAUUUGCUUCCUGAUUCGCUCUCUGCUCCUGGAGGGCUCCAUGGAUGGGAUCCGCCACAUGUUCACGCCGAAGCUGGAGAUCAUGUUGGAGGCCAAAGUGUGGCGUGAGGCGGCCACGCAGGUGUUCUUUGCGCUGGGCCUGGGCUUUGGCGGCGUCAUCGCCUUCUCCAGCUACAACAAGCGAGACAACAACUGCCACUUUGACGCCGUGCUGGUGUCCUUCAUCAACUUCUUCACGUCCGUGCUGGCCACCCUGGUGGUCUUUGCCGUGUUGGGCUUCAAGGCCAACAUCAUGAUUAGUAAAUGUGUGGCACUGAACAGCAAAAAGAUUGUGGACUUGCUGGGAAACGGCAUCGAAGAGAGUGUGAUCCCCAAGCACAUCAACCUCAGUCACAGCAACAGUAUCAGCACUGCCAACUACCACCUGAUGAUAAACAUCAUCAAGGACGCGAAGGAGGACCAGUUCACUCAACUGGGCCUGGAUUCCUGCAGCAUCGAGGACGAGCUCAACAAGGCGGUCCAGGGUACAGGAUUGGCCUUCAUCGCCUUCACAGAGGCCAUGACCCACUUCCCCGCCUCGCCCUUCUGGUCAGUCAUGUUCUUCCUCAUGCUGGUGAACCUGGGCCUGGGCAGCAUGUUUGGCACCAUCGAGGGCAUCCUCACCCCCCUCAUUGACACCUUCAAAGUGCGCAAGGAGCUCCUGACAGUGGGAUGCUGCGUGCUGGCCUUCUCCAUCGGCCUGCUGUUCGUCCAGCGCUCGGGGAACUACUUCGUCACCAUGUUCGACGACUACUCGGCCACGCUGCCGCUGCUCAUCGUGGUCAUCCUGGAGAACAUGGCCAUCGCCUGGUUCUAUGGCAUUGACAAGUUCUUUGAGGACCUGAAGGACAUGUUGGGCUUCACGCCGUACCGCUUCUACUACUACAUGUGGAAGUUCAUCACGCCCAUCCUGCUGCUGGUGCUGCUCUGCUCCAGCUUCAUCCAGCUCACCAUGGCACCGCCCGUCUACAGCGCCUGGAUACAGGAAGAGGCCAAAGAGCAGAAGUUGGGCUUCCCGGCGUGGGGCGUCGUGGUGUGCAUCUCCCUGGUGGUGGUGGCCAUCCUGCCCGUGCCGGUCGUCUUCUUCCUGCGCUACUUCAAAGUCCUCGACGACAGCGCCGGUGGCAUCUCGGCCGUAUCCUACAAGAAGGGGCGCAUCAUCAAGGAGGAGUCGAGCCCGGGCGAGGACGACGACUCCAGCCUGCUUCGAGGCAAGAUGUCCAGCGAGGCGCCCUCGCCACUGCCCGCUAACAGCAUCUACCGCAAGCACGGCGCCGCCGGGGCAGGAGGCGAAGGUCCCCAGGCGGACACGGCGCCUAAUGGUCGUUACGGUAUCGGGUACCUGAUCGCCGAUGUGCCGGACAUGCCCGAGUCGGACUUGUAGACCGACGCGCUCGUUGCUAGUCGUCAAGUGUCGAUGUUACUGCACGGUCCUUGUAGAUAGCCUGGCGUCAUUUCAUUUCCUCUUAUCGCUUCUUCUUUGUCUCGGAACUUCGCCGUCUUUAAGUCGCAGGACACUUCAUUAGGAAUCCCUUCACGCUAAACAUGUUUAUUUUAUUUUUUUGCAGGUUUUUAAUAGCUGUUCCCGUGAGGUUUUCCAUGGCGGGCCUCAGACGGCCCACUAGCCACAGGUUGACCACCCAUACCUGGUGUCAUCAUCGACAGAGAUGGGGGCUCGUGUUUAUGACUCGGACUGGAGUGGCACUUAAGUCGCACACAGAGAGAUUUCAGACUUGACGUGGACUCGUGCUCAAAAGACUUCAGACUCGACUCGGACUUGUUUUGGGACUCUUAAACAAUCAUUAUGUUUUCUUUUUUUAGUGUACAGUAUUAACAUUAGGGAAACUCUGAAACGUCUGACAAGCUUCUUGUCAUUCCCUCCUUUUUGGCAUGGUAACCAAGGGGUGCGCGGCUCUGGGCCCCACUAUGGCGAUGGGAAACUAUGGCAACCAACGCACCCGCAGCUGCUGAUGUAACCUUUCGCUAGUUACGAUUGAUUAUAAAAACUUCAAACAAGACGGCACCAACAAAAGAACGAACAAAAGAACGUACCAAGAUUAUCAACCAUAUCAAAUUUUAUCAGGCACCUGAAAACUCAGUCACAUUAGCGCAUAUGGACGGUUAGCAUACAUGUUUAGCUCCGCUGAACACAAUGAAGAAAAUGCAGUAUACAGUGUUCCCUCGCUCUAUCACGGUGUAUGAACGCUGUUCCUGCACCGUCAAUUGUUUUCUGACCAUCGUCAAUCAAUGUCCAAGUGCCGCCCUGCCAUGUCUCCUGUGUCCUCGUUAGCUUGCUUGCUUGCUAGCGCGUAAAUGAAUCUUCGGUUCAAAGGAUGAGUACUGCAGCAAUGUGUUUUAACGAGGAUAUAAAACGCUACAGUACAGCGGAAUGGCACCAGGAUUAAAAGGCACGGCCAUGUGAGUGAAACACCCGUGAGUGACUUAAUUUUUUGUGUCCGACCUGUAGAUUGUAAAAUUCAAACAGUGUUUUGAACUUUUUUUUAAAAAAGUGUUUAAACAAGAGAGAAUUGUGACAAAGUGUUUUUGCCUGUCUGAGAAAAGUGUAUAAAGUGUAUGGUGAGGGGUUUUACAGCCUUAAAACAUAUAAUAGUAAAAAAAAAAUGAAGUUGGCUGCUUUGCGGAGUUCACUUUGGGAACCUGCACCCCCGAAUAAACGAGGGAACACUGUGUAGUCCUAAUAAACAGACAUAUUGCGUAAAACUAUUUUGUUAGUGACAAAUGUUUAUAUCUUUGUGUUUGUGUGUAUUUUAAUGUACUUAAUGUAGAUCUUUUUCUAUUCGUGGCUACAAAGCGUUCUAGAUGUUUAUUCUGUGUGAUAUAAGCCACUAGAUGCUUGAAUUUGGUAUGACUUAGGUGUGCAACUAUCUAGAAAUUCAGAAAAAUGAAGUAUAAAUAUAAAAAAUAUAGCUACAAAUAUCCAUCCAUCCAUCCAUUUUCUAUGCCGCCUCUCCUCAUUGGAGCCGAUCCCAGCUGACUUUGGGCGACAGGCGGGGUCACCCUGGACUGGUUAGCUACAAAUAUAAUAUAGUAUAUUAUAUAUGGCUAUAGAAAUAAAAUAAUAUAGAGCGAUAAGCGCCAAAACUCCAUCGGCCGGACCGCGAUAAAAGUCGUCAGCUUUGUAACCGAAUAUUUGAAUACAGUUUGCUUGUCACACUUAUUAGCAUGGAGCGCCGUUAACAUGACGUUUAUAGGCUAACGUUAUUUAUCUACGUUCCGCUGCCACCAUCAACUGGCCAAUGUUAAACAGAAAAAUCGGUGUAACUGUUGGCCACAUAACGUUAAUGUUUACCGGGUUGCCAUGUCACUGGGUUUGAAUGAGAGGAUGGAGGCGUGUUUUAAUGUAUCGUAGACUUAAAAGAUGUCGUUGUUUGUUUUCUUCAUAUUGCAUUGCAGCACCCUGUUUAAAGUGAUCACAUAACAUCACUAAUCAGUACUGAUACUUGACGCUAAUAGAUAAAGGAUGGAUAAUAAUACUGUAGUUGCUUUGAAUUUCUUUGAUGUAGCUGUGCUUUCAUCCUGGGAAACCAAAUAGCAGCAAAUGAUAGAAAACUCAUUAAAGCAAGAAGAGACAUGAGAGAUUUAUUUUUUUGAGACUUGCCUAGGACUCGUGACCAAAUACUUGAGACUUGACUUGGACUCAUGACCAAAUACUUGGGACUUGGUUUGGAUUUGCAAAAAAAAAAAAAAAGACUCGAGAA